AGUUACUUCUCAGUAAAAACUAAAAACCAAAAAUCAGCAUACUUGACAUCAAUCGAGCAUUAACUUAAUUUCUAGUAAGCGAUUGUUAUUAGUAACUAAUUAUGAUCACAAUCCCAGAAAAAUUGGUCAUCGGUUGGCAAGAGCAAGUGGCAUUCUUUGAUGACAAUUCUUUGGAGCUUGAAAAUGCCACCAAGAGCAGAAGUGAAGGGAAUGGACCAAAUUCUGCAUAACCCGUUCGAGUUCCAGAAUUUAAAGGAAAGAACCAAACUAAAUCCCAUUCUUCAUUCGAUGAUCAAAAGCGAAUUCUCAGGAAAAAAAAACUGUUCGUAGGAAGUGAGAAGUCCCAAACUUCGCGAUUUCACGAAACCUACAGAAAGGCGAGCGGCGACAUGGUGUGGCGGGGGAACGAGCGGACGACGGGGUCUAAUGCGGCGAAGAGCUUGAAGGAUGAGCGUUGGCGGCGGGUGCGGCGGCAAGACCGAGAUGCCAGAGGGAUCGUCGUUCCUCUCGGAGAGGAAGAAGAUGAGUAGCGGCGGGCGAGUUUUUGUGGCUGAAAAAAUAAUGGAACGGUUGAAUGGCGAGUAGGGUUGGGGCCUUGUGGAGGGGUUGAAAAAAACAAACAUAAUUUUCGUAUGUGAGGGGGCUCGAACUGGGGGUUAGUUUAAUGAAAUCAAAGACACAACCAGUAGAAAUCCCGUGUUAAACAUGUUUACGAAUCAGAUCCAAAGCAAUAAUUUAUUGUUUCUCUGAUUUGGGCCUAGUUGUGUAACUCUGUUUCACAACAAAAAUUAAAAACCUAACUAAACAUUAUUUUUCUCCUCGGUUUCUGCAAUUUUAUAAAACACAACAGAAAAUAAAAACAAGCAACAAUACUAAACGGAUUUUAGAUCUAAGAUUUCAAUUUUGUUCUGUCACCUCUCUCAUUUGCUCACUCCAUCUCUCGUCUUUUUUACUGUUGUGAAUGAGAGGAAGACGACGAAGUCUUUGGUCUACAUGAACAAUAUAAAUGCAAGCCCUAUCCUCUGAUUCAUCAUUAGCCCUUGUGCCAUUUUUACUCUUAUUCCAGAAACUGAAAGGAAGAGGAUUGAUCCGAGUACAUACACAAACAUCCUUUCGGAGUAUUCUAAAUACUAGUCGUGAACUUAUGGAAUAUGUGUAUUUUUUUAUGCUUGAAUAUUUUUUUUAUAGUAAACACUCAAUAUCAAUUAACUUGGUAUUGAAUAUUAGUUUUCCUUAUAUCAAAUACAAGUUGCAACAUGUUUUGACUAAUAAAACCAAGUUAAAAAUGUAAUUAGUAUAUGUGACAUUUAUGAAUAGAACGAUGAAUACUAAUUCAAGCAUACAGAAAACUAGUUUUUGAAUGAUGAAUACUAGUUCAAACAUACAUAAUACUAGAAUACAAAAUAUUGGGUGUAAAUGUGGUGAAUACUCGUUGUUACAUAACCAUAAAAAAAAAUACGGGUUGUUACAUGUAGAAUAUGUACUGUGUUUGUUUCUGGAAUAUUUUUCGUCUAUGUGACGAAUAUUUGUUGACCUGUUUUUUAAUAAUGACUCAUGUGAUUAUAAAUAUUGGUGCGAAGCCUAUGAAUAUGUGUUCAUUUUUGUGAAAUAUCUAUUGGUCUUGAAGACCUCAACAAUCAGUGGCAGAUCACUUGAGACAUCAUCGUAUAUUAGUUGAACUAUUAUUAAAUAUGAGAAUUGAUUUACUUGACUUGAAUAUGUAUUGAGUAAACACUGAAUAUCAAUUAAGUUAGUAUUGAAUAUGAGUUUAUAUGGUAUUAAAUAUUAGUUCAACUAGUACCAAAGAUAAUUGAUUUAUUUAACUUGAAUAUUUGUUGAGUAAACAUUGAAUAUCAGUUAGGUCCAUUUUUUACCCGAGAUUAUAUAUUAGUUGAACUAGUAUCGGAGAUGAGAAUUGGUUGACACUCAUAUGCCCAAUGUCAUUAUUUGCACCUCACCUAGUUCACUUAGACCACAACAUGUAUAAUCAGGUUAGCUCAUAUUUUGUGUUAAGAUCUACUUAUAUUCAAUAUCAGGUAAACACAUAUUCAGUACUAGGAGAACUCAUAACCAAAAGUAAGUUAAAUUGUAUUCAGUAAUAAAAUCAAGUCAUAUUCAGUACCAAAACAACCCAAUUAAAUAAUACAAAUAUUGAUAAACCGUUAAUUGCACAUGUUUUUACCCCUAUUCUAAAGCCGUUUGAGGUGUUGAUUCUCGUGUUUUAGGCCGAUUUCACGCUAGGUUGUGCUUGUUUGUGAUAUUUCAGGUCCUAGUAAGUGAAUGAAGGUUUGGGAGCGAGUUCGGGGUCGAUUGGACGAAGAUCGGACGUGUGGCGAGUCGCUGAGGAAGCCACACGGGCACAAAUAAAACCCACACGACCGUGUGAAGGAGCAAUGUGGUCGUGUGGGAUUAUGCGAGGCUUCACACGGGCCGACUGGGUGAGCCACACAACCGUGUGUCCCUGGUCGUGUAGGUAGCCUGAAGUGCAAUUAUUGGAGACGCGGCGUUUUGUAUCUCACACGGGCAUCUGGGUAUGCCACACGGCCGUGUGGCCUGCCCGUGUGAUCGGGAUUUUCUGGUUUUUACCCAAUUUCGGGCCACAAGGGAGAGGAUCGAUUUUUGAGAGCAAAAACAGAGCCCUAGAGAGAGAAAGUGCGAAGAACACAUCCUAGAAGCAAUCUUGGAGCUGGGUUUCAUCAAAUCGAGCUUGGAGAUCGUCAUAGGAGUAGAAAUCAUCAUCCCAGAGCAGAUUCUUCCCAUUGUUAUGAGUAUGACUGCUUUGUAUUCUGUUUUCCUCUCUCUCUCUAUGGAGUAGAACCCUUCUCUCACUUGGGUAUGAAGAACCCUAGUUCCAUGUGUUAGGGAUUUGAUUGUAAUGACUUGGGAUGAUUAUACUGUUUGGUUUUAAUCGAAUGAUGCAUGUUUUAUUGAAUUGAUUGAAGUCUGAUCAGCUUUUCUUGAUUUCUGCUGCAACCUGAGAUAGAUAGAAUCUGAUUAGGUUGUUAGAGCUUCUUCAUUCGGUAGUAGUGGAUUGGUUAUACGAGAGUUAGCCAGUUUACUGCUUUGUACUGGAAUCCAAUUCCAGUAGUGGAGUUCUGUGCUUAUUGCUUCAGCUUUCUAUCCUGGUGAAGACUAGUCGUCUGCCGGGUAGUUAGACUGAGAGGGCUUGGUCAGCUUAAGAGAUUCCAAGCUACUGUCGGAUCUUCCACAGUCUAAUCAACAAUAAAUCAACCCAGGGUAAUUACAAUUGAGACCUAAUUAAGGAGCUAGGGGGACUCAUUCCCGAGUGACUCUUCUUUGCUUGAGAAAACCGUACCAAUUCCUGCUUUCUUACUGCUUUUGCUUAAAACAACAAUCACUUGACUUAGUUGGCUAGAUAAUAGAUAAUCACGGAGUAGGCAGUAGAUCUAGACCCCGGGUUGAUAAUAGAACUUGCCACUUUACUGCAUUCUCGGACUGCGAUUACACUUGGUCGCAGUUUGGUGCUGUGUUUUGGCCAGUCAAGUUUUUGGCGCCAUUGCCGGGGAACCUCUAGGUUAUUGGGGAAACGUGAAAAUUUGUUACUCUAGCUUUUUCUUUACUGCAUUAUAUCUCUUCCACCUGUGUGCCUUCACGGGUUGCUUCUGCUGAUUGUGUGCAGGUAGUGCAUGACCCGUAGCCAGUCGGGAGAUCUACUACCAUUAGACCAGGAGCUUGAACGAACCUGCAGGAACUUCAAGCGGGCUCUAAAGGCGCGAAUGGCUGCGGAGGAGGAGCUAGCACAGCUACAGAUCGCUGAAGAAGAAGAGAUGGAGGAUCCACAGGACCAUGAUGUGGUCCUUCCCGAGGAGCAGACCAUGGGAUACUACUGGACCGCCAGGGCUGCGGACAUGAGGUCACCCAUUCAACACCCUCAUGUGCCAGCAAAUAAUUUUGAGGUGAGCACCUCUGUCAUCACAAUGCUGCGCGGUUCGGUAGCGUUCCGAGGCAAAGAGGGGGAGUGCCCCCGAUCACAUGUCAGGAGAUUCCACGAGCUCAUCGAUGGAAUCAAGAUUAAUGGGGUCCCAGCAGAUGCCAUCCAGCUGAGGUACUUUCCAUUCACCCUGGAGGGGCAGGCCAAGGAGUGGCUAGACACUCGACCUCCAGGCACUAUCACCACGUUCGCCAAUCUGGCGGACAAGUUCCUCACUCGCUAUCAACCCCCAUCCAAAACGGCGGACUUGUAGAAGCAGAUCACCCACUUUAUCCAGGAUGAAGAUGAGACCAUCCGGGAAGCAUGGGAGAGAUACAACAGCCUCUUCCUACGGUGUCCCAAUCAUGGUUUCAAUGAUGCUUUCAAGGUGGGAACCUUCUACCAUGCCCUCUUCCAGAAGACAAGUAGCUGAUUGACUCGGCUUGUGGCGGGAACAUGUUGACCAAAACACCGCCACGACUGAAUCAACUCUUUGAGGAGAUGGUAGAGAACGGGUAUGAUUGGGGAACUGCAAGAAGAUCAAGACGAGCACCAGGGCGGGGUGUGCAUUCUGUAGCCACCUAGUCAUAUGAUUUGGUGCAGGUGGUGCCGAAACUGGUGUCAGCCAUCGAUCGCUCUGGGAUGAUUCCAGGGACCGAACAGCAGCAGGCGAUGCUCUGCCACUGGUGCGAGAGCACCCAUCACACAGUGGAAGACUGCCAGGCGAUGAAGGAAUCGACCACACCCAGGAGCAAGUGAACUUCAUCAAUAAUGUUAGGCGAAAUGA